UUCCCAAUUAGCCACCAACUGAGUUUUUCUAAUUUUGUGCCAGUUCCAGUUUGGUUCACUGUCGGUCCGCAAGUUCAACCAACUGUGAACCAGUUUGAUUUCCCAUUUACCAAAGCCCUGUAGAGCCACAUCACAACGUCACAGUUAAUUACACUGAUUUUCGACAACAAUGGCGGACUGCGUCAAAGCUGUGAUCAGGUGUUAUUCUUACAAAGCCAGAUUGUUUUGAAGAACGACUUCUAGAACUUUAAACUUUUCUCCAGAUUGCCGUGGUUGAAAGUUGCGACAUUUGCCGGCUGCUGGGGUGGUAUCAUCUCCUUACGGCAGCUGCAACUUGAAAUGAAUAAUAAUUACCACAGAUAAAUAUUUCUUUAUCACAUGAUGUUUGCAGCAGAUUCAGGGAGUAAAGCUUUACAUGGUACAGCAUACCAUAAUCGGGAUACAAAAAAGGGAGCUGUACUACCUUACAGUUAAAUAAAAAAGGAAGUAAUCAGAUUACUUUUUUUUUCAAAGUUGGGGUCACUGUUUAAUGUAUUUUUAUGCAUUCUAUAGGCCUAUCCUAUAAUUUAAUCUUGAAUCCUGUAUCUCCUGUAUUUGGUAUGGUUUUCUUUUCUUUUCUGCUUAACACUGUUCAACUGAGCAUUUUUUCUCCUGAAAUGAAAAACAAAAGUCAUAUUCUGCCUUCAACUUAAUCGUUUUACGAUCACAAAAAAGCAAAAGGAAGAGAUUACACACCAAUCCAUCCUGUUCUUUUAAGUCACAAGCAGCGGAAGACUUCACAGUCUCUGGUAUUUUUGACAGUUGACAAAGUAAACUCUGGUAAAGCAGUUAGACGUAUGAGGGAGCGGCUUAGUGCUGAGUGGUUGCCAGAUCUACCUGUCUUUUCUUCACAGCCCCACCUGUCAGAAUAAUGGGAGGUGAAAUGGAAAGACUGGAUAGCUGCCUUUACACAGGUAGACAAAAUAUUGGAUGAACUCAUAGAUCUUCAAUCAAAUAUGUUUUAGGAGAUGAUACAUGGAUUUAUUUUCAUGAGAGAAACACUCAGAGAGACACCGACCAUUUCCUCUACAUCUUGGGCCUCCUUGAGAGCGUGCUGAGCCUGCAGGGAGUCAAGAACCAGGAGUUGUUCAACGUGCCACCACAAAACUACAAUUCCCUUAGACGAGUCAACCUCCACCACAACAACAUCAUCAGCCCCAUCUUACUGCUAACCAUAAGGAAGCCCCACCCCUUGGGUCUGCCCUUGCAUCACAACAUGAGCAGCUGUUGCCACUGAGCACAGUGAGAGCAGCCAUACAGGUAGGUAUAAGAGGGAGAAGUCUUGGGAAAUGAGUUUGGCUAAGGAAAUAUAGGGAGGGGGAGGCAAAAAGGAAAGAGGGUAGUCUGAAGUAGGUAUAAGAGGAUGUAAGAGUGGGAGAUAGUCAAGAGAACAGAGACGCUUGAACGAUAUUAUACAUUUCCAUAAAUUGUUAGUUUAGCAGAUUGUGUGUACUUAUUAAGAAAAAUUGCAUGGCGAUACUUGUCAAAACAGUAGUGAACACACAAUGUCAUAUGAUGAUGAAAAAAAGUCAUUCACAGCAUACAAGUCAUUGUUUAUAACAUCUUAAUUGUUAAAGGAAAAGUCAUAUCUCAAAAUACACAACCCAGGACAUGUUUAUUUUAUCAUUUCAUAUUUUAUACAUUGAAGGUAAAAUAUGAAUUGUUUGGCCUCAUAUAUAUGCACAGUCCUGUAAACUGCUUUAACACCAUCUCGUUUAUGUUGAUGUGUCAAAAAAUGCAGCAAUGGGCCAAUAAAGGCAGUCAAGAAGACUGCAAGCUAAUCAACAUGGAUGUAAACAAUGCAACAUUUAAAAGACUUGAAAAGGAGCAAGCUUUGCAAGUGUUUGAUUUUGAAGGUACACUCUUUUAUACUUUUGGCAGGCCCAACAAACUGAUGAUUAUAAACAAAUAUUGUUGAUAUUCUCCAACAGAUACUUUUAAUAAUCAGAGCUUUUUAAAGUGUCAGAUUAAUGCUCUGCUAUAAUUGGCUGAUGGUCAUUCUAAUGUGCAGCAUGUAGGAGAUCACAUGUGUUCCGGUAUUCUUUACGUGUGACACCAAUGACUAAAUUAUGCUUAUAUUCAGUUCGUAUUAAAAUGACAUCAUAUUAACACCAUACUAUAUAAUUUUAUAUACUAUCAUUCCCUAUUCUGAAUGACUGAGGUCCAUAUCAUGAAUAUUUUCGUUCACAUGAAUGCGCUUAGCCGUUAUUAUUUCACAUAACAAAAAGCAAGCAAAUGGCAGUGACAAUUCAGCGAGUCACUGCUUUCCUCAUACCAGCAUCAUCUGUCAUGACAUUUGAUCCUUUCUCAACUCUUAUUUAAUAUCUGUUGUGUUUGUUGUUUGCUUGAUUGUUUAUUUUUUCCUCUGUCCACCUUUUUUCCUGUUGCUGGCUGUGAAGAGGGCAAGUCAGAGAGAAGAUUUUGGGCAUGCACUGCAGGAUAUGGCUAUUGAAGUAUGUGGGAGGGAGUAUGCGUCUAUGGCAGGGGUGUCCAAACUAUGAGUACCACCUUUCAUCUCCCGCUUCCUGUAGUAACCGUUAAGGAUGACAUUGACCAGUUUCUUUGAUAUGUUUGGAUGUUCAUUAAAUGUUACUUGUAUAAGGCUCUGGGAUUUCAGUGAAGUCUGUCCUGCUUGAACAGAUUUGUUUUUGAGCUUCUCAUGAGCGGAACCACACUGCCUAACAACAAUGCAUAUUGCUGCAGUAAAUGGUUAAUGCAUUACUUGAGUGUAUUGACAGUGUACCAUCACCAGCCCUUACAGAGUUCACUGAAAGCUUUCUCUGCAUUUUUCACUCUGGUAUUCAGUUCCUGUUUGACACAUUUGGUUUAGGAAGGGGGGUUAUUUAGGAAUCAGUACCACCAAAUAACAUUUCUGUCUGACUGGUGUCCUUUUCAGUGAUUGCUGAACAGUCAGAUAUUGGUUAUCAGAUCUUUCCAAUUGGAAGUCGUUUUGCUGAUCUAUUGGAACAGCAACUUGCAUAUACAGUACAUCAAGCCCGGAGUGUGUGGGUAUUCCACCUGCUAUUCUAUUUAAUAUAUGUGCCACGGCUUAAGUGCAAAUGAGCUAAAUGAAGUGGAAAACGAUUAAUUAAAAACUCCCAGCUAAUCAUAUCACUAGUCCUAUAGCUCUUAAACAGCUGAGGCAAUCAGUGUAGCAUCAUAAUGAUGACUCAUUUCUUUCGAGGAAUUCAUGUUGUCUGAGUGGUGCAGAAAAGAGUCAACACAGCAACACACAUUUUAAACAGAGGCAGAUGGUGUGCUUUUUUAUUAUUUAUUUAUGUGACAAAACAUUUUCAUCAGACUGGAUUUCAUAAAGCAUGUGGUUUUCCUUGCAAUUAUCCUAAAGUUGCAUUCUGACAAUUUUUUUAUUGAAAUCUUUAGGAGUGAAGCUUAACCAUUGGAUCAUACAACAUGGAAGCUUUUAGAAAAUCAGUCUUCUAUUGUAGAAAUUGAUUUUCUAAACAGAGGAACUAAUAGUACUUGCUUUGUAUUCAUUUGCUUACGUAUGUCAUGGAAGAUAAAACAUCUCAAAAUGAAAAGUUACAUAUUGUAUGCUGUUUGUUUAGUUUUCAUUUUUUCCAUUGAUAUGAUCUUCAUUGGGUGUCAGUACUAAAUUCCUUUUUUUUUUUUUUUAUGUCUCUUCAGUUUUCAGAUAAUUGACCAUUUGCUGACAUAUGGCCAAAGCUAAUGCUUCUCCUUUUGUCUUAUAUGAUUUUAUUUACUUACAGAUGUUUCGGAAAAAAGCAUCUUCCUCCUUGAGAAUGAGAAGAAUAACAGAAAGCACUAGAUGGAGUAUUGACCGUGGCCGAAGCCUGUCCUUCCAUGAGGUUCGUAGCAAGCGUGAGGCAGAGAUGAGGGCCGCUGCAGAGGAGUCGUCCAGCACCAACAAUGUAGGAGGUGGAGGAAACACUGUCCUGCAGCGCCUCCUGCAGGAGCAAAUGAACCGGAAUUACGUGCUGCAACAACAUCAGCAACAACAACAACAACAACAACAACAACAACAAGCACAACAACAAGCAGGGGGAGGAGCAGGAGGUGGAGGAGGUUAUGUGGUACAGGGACAGGUAGGCCCCUCUGAUGAUCACUCCAUGACCCCCCACAUUGCCCGUCAGGAGCCCCAGGGACAGGAGCUGCAGACGGACAACGGCCUUGAGAAGCUGGGCUCCACCAGAGUAGGAGGAGGGGGUGGAAGCAGUGGAGGGGGCGGAUGUUUGGGGACUGUAGGUGGAGGAGGAGGCAGCAGUGGAUGUGUUGGAAGUGUCCAAGGGCAGUGUCCGAACCCUGAGGACCUCCCUACGUAUGAAGAAGCCAAAGUGCAGUCGCAAUACUUCCGUGGCCAUGGUCCUCCUUCUCAUCAGCAAAACAACCAGCUCCAGCAGCCCCCUCUUUCGGCCUCGGCGGGUACUGCCUUCUACGUCACUGGGGUGACCAGCACCAAGGUUCGCACAGAGGGUCGGCCCACAGUUCAGCGGGUGAGUGGAACAGGGAGGGUGCACCAGGACGACGGGCUGAAGGAUCUAAAGCAAGGACAUGUUCGGUCUCUCAGCGAACGACUAAUGCAGCUCUCCCUGGCCACUAGCGGUGUAAAGGCCCACGCUCCUGUCACUAGUGCCCCACUCUCUCCACAGCUGCCCCCGCCAGGGCCACCGGGGGACUAUUACAAGCCGCAGCAUCGCGGCCCACCUCCAGACUACCCCUUCAAAGGAAUUGGCUCACCUAGCAAGCAGCAGGAGCCUGGAGGGCAUUUUUAUCAGGAGCAGAGAGGCAGAGAGCAAUCAAGGGAGGUGCUCCAAGUCCGAUACCAGCCUCCACCUGAGUACGGCUCAUUCAGGUCCAGUAAGGAGGGUUCAGUUCAUUUCCAGAGGCCCCUUCAUCAGCACAGUCCCACCUCCUCUGUCACCUCUGUGGGAUCCUUAUCCCGUACCCAGUGUUCCACCCUAACCAGCAUGCUCAGUGCCUCCCACUCAUCCCAUCCCUCCUUCCCUUACCAGCAGCCCCAGAACCAGGGAGAUACCUUCCCUAGCCCUGGGCCCCGCAGUCCACAGGGUCCCAGCUCCCACCAAGCAGGUGAGCCCUUUAUCAUGGGUCCCAUUCAUCAAACACCAAGAAGUCAUGGUUUCCCUCAUGACCCGUACGGCUCCACUCCCAGGAUGUACCAUCAGCAGCCUCAGCAGCCUCAUCAGUGUCAGCAGCAGCAGCAGCAGCAGCAGCAGCAGCAGCAGCAGCAGCAGCAGCAGCAGCAGCAGCAGCAGCAGCAGUUCCAAGGACCUCCACUUCCCCACCCCGCACAUUUCCCCCAACCACAAACCUACUCUCAACUGCAGGGGGAGCCUUUUGCUAUGAUGGUGCGAGCCCACCAGAUGGUGGAUGUGCUUACGGAGGAGAACAGAAUGCUGAGGCAGGAUAUGGAGUCCUGCCGUGAGAAAGUCACAAAGUUGCACAAGUUGGAAACGGAGAUCCAGUUGGUGUCAGAGGCAUAUGAAAACCUUUCCAAGUCUUCCUCCAAGAGGGAGGCCUUGGAAAAAACCAUGAGGAACAAGCUGGAGCUGGAGGUCCGGCGGCUGCACGACUUCAACAGGGACCUCCGAGAUCGCAUGGAGACGGCCAAUAAGCAGCUUGCCUCUAAAGAGUGCGAUGGCUCAGAGGACAACCGCAAAACCAUAUCCCAACUGCUCGCACAGAAUAAGGAGACGCUCCGUGAGAAGGAGAAGCUGGAGAUGGAGAUGAACGCAUUGCGCUCCGCCACGGAUGACCAGAGGAGACACAUCGAGAUCAGAGACCAGGCGCUCAACAACGCACAGGCUAAAGUGGUCAAGCUGGAGGAGGAGCUAAAGAAGAAGCAGGUUUAUGUUGAGAAGGUAGAGAGGAUGCAGCAGGCUCUGGCUCAGCUCCAGGCAGCCUGUGAGAAAAGAGAACAACUCGAGCAUCGACUUCGAACGAGACUGGAGCGAGAGCUGGAGUCGCUACGCAUGCAGCAGCGUCAGGGAGCAACUCAAAGCAGUGGAGCAGUAUCAUCAGAGUACAACGCCACAGCGCUGAUGGAGCACCUGAGGGAGAAGGAAGAGCGCAUCCUUGCUCUGGAGGCCGACAUGACCAAAUGGGAACAGAAGUACUUAGAGGAGAGCGUGAUGAGGCAGUUUGCCCUGGAUGCUGCUGCUUCUGUGGCUACUCAGAGGGACACAGCUGCGUCAGUGAUCAGCCAUUCUCCCUGCAGCAGCUACGACACAUCAGUAGAGGCUCGAAUCCAGAAGGAAGAAGAGGAGAUUCUGAUGGCCAAUCGCCGCUGUUUAGAUAUGGAAAGCAGGAUAAAGAAUCUUCAUGCCCAGAUCAUAGAGAAAGAUGCUAUGAUCAAGGUGCUUCACCAGCGCUCCAAGAAGGAGCCUAUCAAGUCUGAUGCGCAAUCUGCUAUGAGGCCCUCCAAGUCCCUGAUGUCCAUUUCGAACACUGGCACUGGUGGUUCAGGACUGCUCUCUCACAGCCUCGGCCUCAGUAGCUCGCCUAUCACUGAAGAACGCAAGGACACAAGCUGGAAGGGCAGCCUGGGGGUUUUGCUUGGUUCUGAGUUUCGGACAGAGUCCAUCAGGACUGAAUCAAUCUCAUCAUCCCCUUCACCAGUGCUUCCUUCCACCCCAAUGAAUCCAGGCCACUCGAAGACAGGCAGCAGGGACAGCUGCACACAGACAGACAAAGGACAAGGUCAGGAAAAUAGCAAGCCCAGCACGCCCGCCCUGCAGAGCAUGACUCUGCCCGCUCGCCUGUCCAGCCCAAGCCCAGUCUACAUCCCUGACCGCCUGGCAGAUGUGCCAGUGUUUCACAGCAGCACCCUGGAGCGACGGUUCCCUAUUCAGUCACACCAACAGCAACUGGCUCUCCCUACAGCACCACCGAUCCAACAGGAAGUCGACAACGACAUGGUGGAGAUCCUCAUAUGACCUCUGGAAAAAAACAUCAUCCAAAAUGAUUGAUCGGAAGGCAGGUCCAUCAGACAAACUCAGCAACAUGUAAAUCAUUCCGGCUCUUCCUCCUUCCUGAAGGUUUGUCUGCAAUGGGGGCUUCAGUGCUUGUUCCAGAACACAUCUAUGACACAUGCGCGUGUAUGCACAUGUACAGUUGUGACUUGUUUUUUUUAGGUUAUGCUACUACUUUUGAUUUACAUUUUCCAGUAGAUUCAUCAAGCAGGUGAUUCAGUAAAGCAGUCAGCACUGACCUAUGAACAUGUGGGGGAUUCUCAUAGUACCUGUCUGAAAAGAUGCUUCAGUUCAUGAGCCCCUGCAGCAUCUGAAGGUAGCAGGGCCUAUAUGUUGAUGAUAUGCACAUUCACUGUAUUUAACUUAUAAUGUCAAAUUGGCUUAAAGAGAUAGCAUGACAACACAGAGCUCUACAUACAUUAAACUGCCCAGCUAUUUCUCCUUAUUCUGCCAUUCAUCUUUCUCAUGCUUUAUCACUGAAAAGCAUGCAGCGAAAAUGGGGUGUUCAACAGCAAUUACUAACUACCUGUCCAUGAGGUAGAUGCAUUAAAAUAUUUUUUAAAAUAGUGCCAGUUUAAUAUAAUCAUAGAAACUGUUUCAACAUACCAACUUCCUUAUUUCUUAUUUCUAUCAGUAUUAGUGUUGCCACCUGAUGGAGGAUCCUCCUCCACCUGUCUCUGAGAGCAGAUAUGUGGAGUUCUCAAGUUGCCACGCAGAGCCAUCACCAUGAUCUGCUGCCAUUAUCAGCUUUUAACUGUGAUUGUCUCAACUAAUAAUAAUCAAGCUAAUAAUAAAUCUCCACAUGUGCUGAUCUGAAUUUAGCUUAACUAUAUUGGCACCCUUAAAUGACAUGCUUGAGUCCUGACAGGAACUUCAAGGCUUAAAAAUGUAUGUCAAUAACAACAAGAUUCUGCGAAUUACAAAUAUUCUGCAAUAUUUUUUCUUCCGAAAAAGAGGCUUGAAGCGCCUAUCACCAGCAGUCAUUUCACUCUCCUAUAUUAAUAUCCGCCUUCAUUGAAACACUUCUAGCCUGACAGGAUAUACUUUCUUUCAUUGAAUCACUGUUAAUGAUCAUGUUAGUAAAACCUAUACAUCAGAAGCAAAAGCAGAAGUGUAACACCGCCUGCCAUCUUAUCUCAGCUCUCAUGCAUGUGUUAAUAUGAAGUGGUGCCUGGAACUUGAAAAUGGAAGAGUUCAUUGCAUCAAAUGUAUUUUUUAUAUGCAACUUUAUAAGAUGCAUUUACCUCUUUCUCAUUCAAAGUGAAGGACUUUAACAUGGGGGAGUGAUGUUUGGGGAUUAAAUGUUAGCCAAUUAUAAAUCUAGAUGUUAUAAAACAUUUGUUAUUAUUCAGUCUUGAUCUAAGUUUAUAAGAGUUAAGACAGUUAACUUGAAUGAGAAUGAAAAUAAAUGAAAAGGAGUGGUCGAAAACUUCCUGUUAAGAUGUAACAAAGAGAGCAUGCACUUACACAAAUGUAUUUUUAACUUUUACAUUUAAGGUGAAGGAUAUCUGUAUUUGUUACUCUUGUAUAACUUGGUGACUAAGGCUUUGUUUAAAUGCAUUACUUUUGAUUUUGGGGUUGGGGUGGGUUUCGGCUAUAUACCGUAAUUUCCGGACUAUUAAGCGCACCUGAAUAUAAGCCGCACCCACUGAAUUUUUAAAAAAUAUGUAUUUUGUACAUAAAUAAGCCGCACAUGUCUAUAAGCCGCAGGUGCCUACCGGUACAUUGAAACAAAUGAGCUUUACACAGGCUUUAACGAAACACGGCUUGUAACAAAAAUAAAUUGGCUUUAACAAAACACGGCUUGUAACAAAAAUUUAAAAAAUAGCAGUAAACAGUAGCCUACCAAGAAAGUCAUUGGUCACUAUCUUCCUCCUCCUGUGCACUGAAACCACUGAAGUCAUCUCCUUCGGUGUCGGAGUUGAAUAGCCUCAGAAUUUCUUCAUCCGAUGUUGGAUCGUCUUCAUUGUCGCUCUCGUCACUUUCAUCCGGAGGCAAAUUCCCCGCUGAGCUCAUGCUGCCCUCUUCAACACGCAGCAGUCCAGCCUUUUGAAACCCGUUGAUGAUAGUGGAUUUUUUGAUAAUGCUCCACGCUGUCAGGACCCACUGGCAGACUUGACCAUAAGUUGCUCUUCGCAUGCGGCCCGUUUUAGUGAAGGAUUUCUCCCCACUUGUCAUCCAAGCCUCCCACUGAACACGGAGCGCCACCUUAAAUGCACGAUUUAUACUGAUGUCGAGUGGCUGCAAAUACUUUGUUGUCCCCCCAGGAAUCACAGCUGGAAUUGAGUUUGUCCUCUUGAUGGCUUCUUUCACAGAAUCUGUUAUGUGGGCCCUAAUGCUGUCCAACACGACCAAAGCCUUGUUCUUGUGAAAGAAUCCUCCCGGUCGCUUGCCGUAACACUCCGUAUGCCAUUCAUGCAUUAGGCCUUCCGUCAUCCAUCCUUUCUUGUUGACUUUCACAACAAUUCCUCUCGAGAAUUUUUCUUUUGGCAUCGUCAUGCGUUUAAAAAUCAACAUCGGUGGAAGCUUUUCUCCCGAUGCCGUGCAGCUCAGAACACAGGUGAAGUGCGUUUUUUUAUGCCCAGUUGUUUUCAGCGUGACUGAUGAUUCGCUUCAACUUAAAAGCUGCAUCAUAUGCAUUUCUCCGUGUCUUUGCCAUGAUGAGGGUGACAAAAUGACUACCGUAAUCAGAAUGAUGGGAAGUUUGAGCACACUCGAUUUACGUCACAUUAUAUGACGGUGCUCAGUUUUUUGUCUAUUUUUUUUCAAAAUCCCAUUUUGGCGGUAUGAAGCUUGUGAAAGCGGGAAAAAUCCAUAAAUUAGCUGCGUCAUUGUAUAAGCCGCAAGGUUCAAAGGGUGGGAAAAAAGUAGCGGCUUAUAGUCCGGAAAUUACGGUAAGUAAUCAGUGGCAUUUCAGCACAUUAUUGAACUAAGAAGUUUAGCAUGUGCAUUUGUUUCCAAUACAAAAUGCAAGCAAAGGAUUAACAAUGAAAAAAAAUGGUUUCAACAAGCGUCUCCGCAGUGAGAGGAUCAGGGGGCACAGUGUCUGUGAACUCCCAGGGCAGUAACAGAAGUCAAAUGUAUUGGCUACGUUUUUGUUGCAUUUAUUGCAAUUCUUUUUUAAGAGUAUUUCUUUUUUGCUAUAUAACUAUAAUACAUCUGACAAUACGUAAUGUAUGUAUGUGUUGUUUAUUAUUUCAAAACCUUAGUUACUCAUGGAACUUGGGUUAUAACAAUUAAUCUAAACAAUAGACUAUUCUUAACUAUUUAUCUUGUGUAUGUAUCCAAAUCUUCUAUGCAUUAGCUUUGUGUUGGAAGCCUCUGGCAGCAAAUAUGAUAGUGGUUGUCAAUGGCAACUGUUAACUGAAUUUGUUUUGUUUUUGUUUUAAUGGAAAAUACACUUUAAUUAACUUUGCAAUUGCAAGAGUGCUAUUUUAAAAACACUGAUGGAGCUGGAUCUAAUAGGCUUUGCCUGGCUCUGUUUUUUUCGAACAAUACCAUUAUUUUAUGUUUUGAAAACUUGGUUCCCACUGUGCAGCUGUGUUGCUUCAUAAUGUUGCACAUUUUCAGUAUGGUUACUUAAGUUAGAUUGAAGAUUUUCACUGAAAACCAAAAGUGUUGGACCAAAGAAGCUCAGAAAGGUCAGCUAACUGAUGUUAUUGCAGAGGUCAUUAGUAUUACAUUACUAAAGGACUGUGUUAUAUUAAAAUAACUAAAUAAGUAAUGCACUGAUCUUUUGUAUUUGAUGUACCUGACUUUUAUUGAUUAGUUAGGAUUUGGACAGCUACUUAACCUCAGCCAAUAUAAAUAGUGUUAUAUUUAAUCCUCUACAGAAUAAUACAAUCCUUGUAUGUUUGAAAUCAUUACAAAUUGAAAAAGGCUGCCAACACAUUUGGUUCACAGUUUUCCUGUCCCAUACCAUAUAAGUAUCGAUUUGUUCGUAAAAGAGAGUUCCAGGUUAGUGAGAAUUUUUUUUUUACCAGGUGUUGUCAUAAAAUGUUUUUGUACUAGCACUUCAGUCUAAGUCCAACUUGCCGAACAUAGAAAAUUGACAGAGUUCUCAAUGUUUACCAGCUAUGUCAAUGAAGCAGUUCUUGUUAAAUGUGUUUCCAUGAUGGCGUAUAACUCUUGCCUCCCCAUGUUGAGGAACAGGGUUUGAAUCUGGGCCUGUGACCAUUUGACUGUCAUUUCCUUUAUCCCCUUCUUUCAACUUGAUCGCAUCAAUAAAGGCACUGGUUGCCCGAAACCAAAUGUUAAAUAAAAGAAAAUCUAUUUCCAGGCUUUUCAUACUGCUUAAA